GGUGUCGCCACCUGCCGGAAAUGAAACAGGAGUGGCGUGACUGUUAUUGUUAUUGUUGUUAAAAUGGCGACCGGAGGAGAGGCCCCGGAGUCUUGGUACCUUGCCCUGCUGGGUUUUGCGGAACAUUUUAGGACAUCUAGCCCCCCGAAGAUUCGUCUUUGCGUGCAUUGCCUCCAAGCCGUUUUUCAGUUCAAGCCGCCGCAAAGGGUCGAAGCGCGAACUCAUCUUCAGCUCGGUUCUGUCUUGUACCACCACACUAAGAAUAGCGAGCUCGCCCGGAAUCACUUGGAAAAAGCGUGGUUCAUCUCGCAACAACUUCCUCAGUUUGAAGAUGUUAAAUUUGAGGCAGCAAGUCUUCUGUCUGAACUGUACUGUCAACAGAACCUGGUGGACUCUGCAAAGCCUCUUCUGCGUAAGGCCAUCCAGAUCUCUCAGCAGACUCCCUAUUGGCACUGCAGACUGCUCUUCCAGCUCGCUCAACUGCACACUCUGGAGAAGGAUCUGGUCUCCGCCUGUGACCUGCUGGGUGUCGGGUCUGAGUAUGCCAGAGUAGUAGGCUCCGAAUACACCAGAGCGCUGUUCCUGCUCAGUAAAGGCAUGCUGCUGUUGAUGGAGCGUAAGCUGCAGGAUGUGCACCCUCUGCUGACUCUGUGUGGGCAGAUAGUGGAGAACUGGCAGGGCAACCCCAUCCAGAAAGAGUCCCUCAGGGUGUUCUUCCUCGUGCUGCAGGUCACACACUACCUGGAUGCUGGACAGGUCAAGAGUGUGAAGCCCUGUCUAAAGCAGCUUCAGCAGUGCAUCCAGACCAUCUCUACUCUCCAUGACGACGAGAUCCUGCCUAGCAACUCUGCAGACCUCUUCCAUUGGCUCCCUAAGGAGCACAUGUGUGUGCUGGUCUACCUGGUGACCGUCAUGCAUUCAAUGCAGGCUGGGUAUCUGGAGAAGGCCCAGAAGUACACAGAUAAAGCCCUCAUGCAGCUGGAGAAGCUCAAAAUGCUGGACUGCAGUCCCAUUCUCUCCUCGUUCCAAGUCAUCCUUCUGGAACACAUCAUCAUGUGCCGCCUGGUCACUGGACACAAGGCUACUGCUCUGCAAGAGAUCUCACAGGUCUGCCAGCUGUGUCAGCAGUCUCCACGCCUCUUCACCAACCACGCCGCUCAGCUACACACACUACUGGGCCUCUACUGUAUCUCUGUGAACUGCAUGGACAACGCUGAGGCCCAGUUCACGACUGCCCUGCAGCUCACCUCGCAUCAGGAGCUGUGGACCUUCAUCGUGACCAACCUGGCCAGCGUGUACAUCAGAGAGGGCAACAGACACCAGGAGCUCUACAGCCUGCUUGAGAGGAUAAACCCAGACCACAACUUCCCCGUCAGCUCCCACUGCUUGCGUGCCGCAGCCUUCUACAUCCGAGGCCUGCUCUCCUUCUUCCAGGGACGCUACAAUGAAGCCAAGCGGUUCCUGAGGGAGACACUGAAGAUGUCCAAUGCUGAGGAUCUGAACCGUCUGACUGCCUGCUCACUGGUGCUGCUGGGACACAUCUUUUACGUGCUGGGGAACCACAGGGAGAGCAACAACAUGGUGGUGCCAGCCAUGCAACUGGCCAGCAAAAUCCCUGACAUGUCUGUCCAGCUGUGGUCCUCUGCAUUGCUCAAGGACCUGAAUAAGGCAUGUGGGAAUACCAUAGAUGCCCAUGAAGCAGCACAGAUGCAUCAGAACUUCUCUCAACAGCUACUGCAGGACCACAUAGCCGCCUGUAGUCUGCCUGAACACAAUUUAAUAAGUUGGACAGACGGCCCCCCACCAGUACAGAUACAAGCCCAGAACGGACCAACCACCAGCCUGGCCAGUCUUCUCUGAGACUUCAAUGCAAACAUGUGCACACACUCACACAAACACAUGCGCAUGAACCUUCCCCACCCCGCUACACACACACACACACACACA